AUUGCUUGUGGCACAUUGCCUGAUGCUUUGUGGAUGAACCAGUGAUUGGAAAAAUUCUUAGAAUAAAGGAGACAAAAAAAUAAAAAAUUAAUUAAAAGGAAAAGGGGAGAUCUGGUACGUUCCUACGGAGGAGGGAGGAGGGAAGAGGGAGGGGGUGGGAUUUGGGAAUGGCGGAGAUAGAUCAGAUCUACCCCAAAUCAGAAAUCGCAUAGCGACGGAGGCGGACUUGGGCCUUGGAUAUUGAAUUUCAUCAACUGAAACUGAUAAAAAGACAAAUAACAAAAAGGAAAAUCAACAGGUGCGGCUGAAUCUAUCCUGGCCGAGUAAAGGGGGCAGCAGUAUACGACGAAGAAGACGAAAUUGGAGCAGAGGGAGAAAUCCACGACCCAAGCCUUUCUUCUCUGUGAGACGCAGAUUAAUUUCGGAGCAAUCAAGCGCGAGUAUCUAUGGUCAGGUACAACUCUCCGUUUGUGCAGGUGACCCUGAUAGGCCUCGUCUGCUUCUGCUGCCCCGGCAUGUUCAACGCCCUCUCCGGAAUGGGAGGGGGCGGCCAGGUCGACCCCACCGCCGCCAACAACGCCAACACUGCCCUCUACACCACCUUCGCCGUCUUCGGCAUCCUCGGCGGUGGGCUCUACAACCUGCUCGGCCCCCACCUCACCCUCUUCUUCGGCUGCUCUACCUACAUCCUCUACGCCGGCUCCUUCCUCUACUACAACCACCACCGUCACCAGGCCUUCGCCGUCGUCGCCGGCGGCGUCCUGGGCGUCGGCGCCGGCCUCCUCUGGGCUGCUCAGGGCGCCAUCAUGACCUCCUACCCGCCGCCCAACCAUAAGGGCACCUACAUUUCUCUAUUCUGGUGCAUCUUCAACAUGGGCGGCGUCGUCGGCGGCCUCAUCCCCUUCGUCCUCAACUAUCACCGCGCCGCCGCCGCCUCUGUGAACGACGCCACCUACAUCGCCUUCAUGUGCUUCAUGUCCGCCGGCGCCCUCCUCUCUCUCACCAUCCUGCCACCCAGGCUGGUGACUCGCGACGACGGCACGCGGUGCACCACCGUCACCUACUCCAGCGGGUCCACUGAGGCCUUGGAGAUUCUGAAGCUGUUCCUCAACUGGAAGAUGCUGCUCAUGAUCCCUGCUUCCUGGGCGAGCAACUUCUUCUACACCUACCAGUUCAACAACGUUAACGGGCUGCUGUUCAAUUUGAGGACUAGGGGUUUGAACAACGUGUUCUACUGGGGGGCUCAGAUGCUGGGCUCAGUUGGGAUCGGAUACGCUCUGGAUUUCAGUUUCAAAAGUAGGAGGAUGAGGGGUCUUUUUGGGAUCGCCAUUGUUUUCGUGCUCGGCACUGCUAUUUGGGGCGGAGGGCUUGCUAACCAGGUCAAACACUCUGCCUCUAAUCCCACGGAGAAGCUGGAUUUCAAGGACUCCGGCGCCCGUUUCGCCGGGCCUUUUGUGCUCUAUUUUAGCUAUGGGCUGCUGGAUGCCAUGUACCAGAGCACCGUUUACUGGGUCAUUGGGGCUUUGGCCGACAAUUCAGAAACCCUCAGCAGGUACAGUGGAUUCUAUAAAGGAGUGCAGAGUGCAGGAGCAGCGGUUGCGUGGCAAGUUGACAAACACAAGGUGCCAUUACUGACCCAACUUCUUGUGAAUUGGUCACUCACUACACUUAGUUAUCCACUGUUGGCACUUCUUGUCAUGUUAGCUGUUAAGGAUGACAAAGAAGCCGAUGAAGGAGCUGCUUUCCCAUCCGCCGACCAAGCUCCUGCAGAUACCACAAUUGGUGUGCCAAGCAAGUGAAACCUAUCUCAUAUUUUUGAAGGGCCAAAGCUAUCAUCCUUCUCCAAAAAUGGGUCUCAAAAAUCAAAUAUGAGUUGAGGUUGGACAAUUUUUAAAAAUUCAUGGGACUUCUAUAAAAUUUUAAAAUAACAGAAGAGGAUUCUAUGUUUUUGUCUAGCUUUGAGGGAGGUGAGAGCUUUUGCCCUGUUUUUAAUUGGUUUGUAAAAUAGAUGAUGGGGAAUGGAAUAAUAUAAAGAAUUGAAUGAAAAA